AUGGCAUCGGUCCUCCUCCACUCUUUGCCUUACAUUGACAGAGACAUGGGCGAAGCGGCAGCAGCAGAGGCCUACCGGGAGGCUCAGGCGUUCCUCUUGCAAGGUUCCAGCGACUGGGUAAUCAAUCUGACAUGGCACGAUGCCGCGCGAAAGCUUCUGGUGGCAGGGCUGGUGGAUCCAACGAGCUGUUUGGGAGAGAAUCGGUUUCGCUUCUACGUCUACGAUUUGGGCGACUAUACCCGGCCCCUCCUGAGCUGUGCCUCAGGCAUGGAGGGCUCCGAGGUGUUGCUGCACCGCUGGAUGCUACAGAGUCGCUGCCGCACUUUGGAUCCCGAAGCAGCAGACUUCUUCUACGUUCCCUUCUACUCCUUCUGCUUCCAGCUGCUGGGCCUGAACCUGCACAUCAAACCAGGAACAGAGACACUGGAGCUGGAGAAGCACAACGUUGCGGUGGUGAAGUCUUUGCAGUACUUUGAUGUCUACCGAAGGAGGCAGCACAUCUUCCACUUUGCGCACGAGUUCUGGGACUUCCCUUCUUGGGAGGCACAUGUGGGCAGGUCCAAAAUCUUUGCGGUGGAGGCCAACCCGCUGAUUGACGUGGAGAACUAUCGACACUGCGUUUCAUGCUUCGAGGCCUGGAAGGACAUGGUAGUUCCGGGCCACACAGAUGCCUGGGCUGUGCGUCGGCUUCGGGAACGGCGGAAGCCACUGAAUGCCCCGCGACGCUUCCGGCUUUGUUUCCACGGUGCUCUGCGCCAUGAGCUCUACGAGAAGACCCACGCGAAAGGACGGCCCUUCAACGGAAGCAGCGCAGCUGAUGUACGGAGACAGAUCCAGGCUCUGUCCGGCGAGCCUGAUGCGAGCAUCGGGCCGCAUAUCACCCCGCUCCUGGACUAUUACGACCGUGUUGGGGACUGCUCCUUCUGCUUGGUGCCGAAAGGUGUUGGCUACACUAAUGGGCGCCUUUUUGAGGCAUUCUUCGCAGGCUGUGUGCCGGUGAUUCUGUCCGAUGCGAUGGUGGUGCCCUUCCAAGCGUUCCUGCCAUGGUCUGAUUUCAGCAUCAAGCUCCCGAUGGGCGACGUGGCUGCGGUGGUCCGCCUGCUGCGGGCUUUGCCGGCAACAAAGCUGUCUCACAUGCAGGAGAGCUUGUUGCAGCAUGCCUGUUGGUUCGAUUAUUAUUCGGAGGACCCUGACUGUUCUCCUUACGAGGGCCUACUUCGCGUUCUGGAGGAGCAGCAGCCGCGAGAGCACUGGGAGGUAAAGCAGCUGCCGCGCUUCUGGGCCCCCCUCAGCGGCGCAGCGUUUAAAAAAGUGUCCGUGAAGGAGCUGAGACGCAGUCAGGACCGACUCCGCAAGGAGGUCCUGAGCGGCCAGGCUCUGAUCCUGGCGGAGCUCCGGAGCCUGCACUCUUAUUGGAAGGAGCAGCUGGGCCAAGUGUCAGGUGAGCUUCUGCCCAACAGCAUCCCUUGCAAGGGGCCAGCAAAGGCGCCCACAGACAGAGAUGCGGGGUCAGAGGACCUUUCCAAGGGUGUCGAGGAGUUCACUGAUGCGAUUGUCAAGAACAUCGAGAACCUCACAAAUGCAGUCUUCUGCGAACCUGAAGUGCCGCCGCCUUCAAGGUAA